CAAUCACAGAAGAACUUUGAAUCUGCUAAAACGUCACAAAGAAAGUAUUCUCCAUAGUCAACAAACGAGCAGAUCUUCACUGGCUCAGUGAAAGCCAGAUACAUUGUUCUGUGCAAGAAUGAAGACCUUGCAGACUACUUUUUUUUUGUUUGUCUUUGUACCUUUGGUCAAUUCAGCACCACCUAUACAGCAAGAAUCCCUCCAGUUUUAUGAGUAUGAUACAGAUGUUACCAUGGGAAGCCUGAUCCAACAAGAUUAUGAAAUGCAACCCCAGGAUAUAAGAAAGGAUGGAAUAAAUGUUUCUCUUGACACUUCCCUAAGACUGCAAGGGGAUGACAGUCAACUCAAUGUACCACCCACAAAGGAUACAAAUUUACCUACUUGUCUGCUCUGCGUGUGUUUAAGCGGAUCAGUGUACUGUGAGGAAAUAGACAUCGAAGCUGUACCCCCACUGCCAAAGGAAACAGCGUAUCUUUACGCACGAUUUAACAAAAUAAAAAGGAUAGCCGUCUCAGAUUUUGCUGACAUUACUACCUUGAGAAGAAUUGAUUUUAGUGGAAAUAGGAUAGAAGAAAUAGAAGAUGGAGCCUUUUCUAAGCUUCUGUUAUUGGAAGAACUUUCUCUUGCUGAAAAUCGACUUAUAAAACUUCCUGUUCUACCUCCCAAACUAACAACAUUUAAUGCAAACCAAAACAGAAUCAAGAGCAGAGGAAUCAAAGCAAAUGCUUUCAAGAAGCUGACAAAUUUGGCCUACCUCUACUUAGGACAUAAUGCACUGGAAUCUGUGCCCCUUAACUUACCGGAAAGCCUGCGUAUUCUUCACCUUCAGUACAACAAUAUUACUACAAUCACCGAUGACACAUUCUGCAAAUCUAAUAACACACGUUACAUCCGCACAAGUAUGGAUGAGAUAAGGAUGGAAGGCAAUCCGAUCCUCUUGGCAAAGCAUGUUAACGCUUUUUCCUGCUUGAGAACAUUGCCUGUAGGAACAUACUACUAGCCACUACUUAUGUAAUUAUACAUGCCAUGGUAUACAUGGUAACAAAAGAUCCUUCUUUUUCCCCUGUUUACAUGCUUAUA